AGCUGCAGUUGCCAAGGUUGCCUCCACUGUGGCCAGCGGCAGGCACUGAGUUUCACGCUACAGUGCUGAGCUUGACCCUGCAACUCCCCGGUCCAAGAUUUUGCAAGGGAAUUGAUUCGGGUGCUCGAAUGCCCCAGGCAUGCAGUCGUGCAAGGCAGCCCCGCAGUUUUCAAAGCAGCAUCAAGCACGGUGGCAAGCAGGAGCAAUUUGCUGGCUGCAUUUGCUGGCCACAGCUGCGGGAUUUUGUACGCUAUCAGCAAUGCAGUUGUGUAGAUUUCGGCCAGUGAAAUUGUUCUGUAUUUAUCUACAGCAGGAUGCAGAUGUUCUGGGAGCAGGAACUGCCAAUUACAUCUAUGCCUAAUGCGGCAGUGGCAGUUUGCUCAGAGCUCUGCAGCACUAGGUUAGAUUCUGUGAGGGCUGCCCAAUUUAGCGCUUUCUGAAAUGUUGUGCAGUACUCAUGCAGGAAUUGUCAUGCACAGUUGAGCAGCUGAUGAUGCUGCAUGAGUUUGGUGCUUUUGCUGGAUUGCUGUAUUAUUAUACAUGAGUGCAUGUAGGCAGGGAAAACCAAACAUGGGAGCCACAGGCCCUCUGAACAAACUUAUUGGAACUUAGACGAACAAUAUGUUUCAUGCAUACUGACACAUUGAGAAACACCCAAAAACCUUCUGUGCAGCUAAUUCUAGAUUGAGUGAAUAUUUUGUUGAGCCAGCAGGAAAUAAUUGCACCUCCUUCACAGUCAUGCCUGUGAAUCAACGUAGAAAGAUUGCAGCGGACUUCCAUGUAAAUUGAUUUUACAUGGAGAAUAGGCUGUGUAACUGAUCUGUCUCA